CAAUCAUUGUACUUUAGAAUUAAUAACAUGCCCGUAUUGUAUUAUUACUGUGAAUUUUAGCUACAUGAAUUUAACACAACAAUGUGCAAACACAAGUUCGUUUAGUGAUGCACCUUGCGCUUGUGAUUACGUUUGGAUCAAUGAGCCACAAUAUGAAGAGUUAAGUGGAAAAGCGUUUUGUGGUGUGGAUUCAACGUUUAAACAAUUCGUUGGAUUUCGAAGUCAAACGAAAAUUAUAACAAUUACAUUUUUUUAUAGUACUUUUCAUUCGCAUGCAUUUAGUUUAGAAUUUACUUCAGAAAAUAAUGAUAGUCGCUUAUCAUUUCGUGAAUUUUCAUUUACACUACAAGACGAUGUAUAUAUAAGAUACAAUUCAUUUGAAAAUAAGAACAACUUGUAUGAAAAACUGACGAGCCAAGUUCCAAUUAAAUUUGAUAUUGGUGCUGAAUAUGAUAAACGACCCAUAAAACUUAAAUCACAUGCCAUGAAACCCGUACAGAAAGAGUUAGUUUUUGAUAUUGAUGUGACUGAUUAUGAUCCAGUAAGAAAUUGUUGUAAAGAAACGGAUAUUUGUGAUGAAUGUUGGUAUUUUAUAGUUGUUGCAUGCCAAAUUCUACAGACUGCUCUUCAAGCUGAUUUAGCAGGUGGAGAAAACGGAAUAUCAUUCAAUCAAGUUGACUUAAAUUGUGUUCGAAAUAAAUAUGGAUAUAUUAUACGAGCGAAAAGUAAGAAAGGCAUUAAUAAAACUGGUAUUUAUUUUGAAAAGUUAUAUCAUUUAAAAGUCAUUUUAAAUGAGUCAUCAUUUUUAAGUGAUACCGAGAAACAAGAGCUUACAAAUAAUUUGUACAGCUUACAAAAGAAAAUUCUUAAUAUAUUAAAGCAAGAAAAUGAAUUUGAAGAUGAUUUAUUAAACGAAAUACCAGAAUCAAGUUUCAAUCCUGAAGAUUAUAUGAAUGAUAUCAGAAAAUUUUCUACUCAACGAUACGAAAAAAUUGCAUUGAAAAGAAUUAAGGACGAAAUAAUUUCAUUUGAAAUUGAUGAUUCUAUGAGUACUAUUCUAGACGAUAUUUUGAGUUAUGAUAAAGAAGAUAUUUAUUUGUUUUCAAGAAAAUUUAUUCUUAGUUAUGAUUUAUCACCAGAAAUAAUUGAAGAUGUCACUAGAACAGUUCAUGAAAAUCUUUUGAAUGUCCUCAAAAAUAUUCGUGAUAUAAGAAAUUUUUUCAUACAUCGUCGUUAUAAAACUCAAAACUGUGAAACGAAGCUCACGGAGUCAGCUAAUGUUGGUAAUAAAAAUUCGGUUAAAACUGAUGUUGCUGCUAAUAGUGCUAUUUCAAUCACGAAAUUAUUGAAUAAUUUAAAAUCUAAAAUAAUUUUGGCUUCUAAAACUAUUAAAGAUUUUGAAGAGUCAUUGGAAAAAUUAAAUAAUGAAUAUCAGAAUGAAAAGGACAAAACGACUAAUGUGGAAGUUUAUCCCGAAGAACUAUCAAUAGAGACUCAUCAAAAUAUAAUAGAACUUGCCAAUAUAUUCGAUAGAUCGAGAAAAGUUAAACUUACAGAAAAUAAAAAUCAAAGAAAAAUGAAAUCUAAAUUAACUACGAGUAUUCCUAGUAAUCCUAGUCAAUAUCGUAGAGAUUUAGAUGACGCAUGCAAUACGUUAAUAAAGUUUGACGCUGAUGACUUCAUUUCACCAUUACCAUCAAAUCUUAGUCACGACGCAAGUGCUUCAGCAAAAUAUGCAAGAUCAAAUGAAUUAGCUCAUGAUAUAUUUUCUUUAAAUAGAAAUUUAUUGAAUCAAAGAAUUACAGAUGAUAUAUUACCUGCACUAGAUGAUUUUUCUUUCAUAUCUCAAAUAUACGAAUAUGAAUAUCAUAAAAAAAAUAUUCCUAAAUCGAUUCAUGAUGAUAUAGCUGGAAAGUAUGAUUUAUUCACAGUAUAUUUGAAUUUAAAUAAAUAUAAAGAAGCAGAUGAAUUAUGUGAAUCGAUAUUCAAAAACACAAAAGACUCAAAAAUGAGGUUUCCAGCUUUGUACAUGAAUGCAUUUUCGAUUGAAGUAAAUAAAUUCACUGAAGUAAAUGAAGAUCCAUUCAAAUUAAUUAAUGAAACAAAUAAAAUGUUAUCACAAAUGAACGAAUUCAAAAUAAACAAGAGGGGAGAUAAUGUACCAUAUCAUGAUAUCUGUGGUGUAACAAAUGGUCGAAAAAUUUUAAUUGAGUUAGGUGAAAAAGGUACCGUGUCUGCAAAGAAUAUAUCAACAAAUCAACAUAUUCAUCAUUUUCGUAAUAAGGGCAAUGUGUCAACCGCUUACAAUCAUUGUACUUUAGAAUUAAUAACAUGCCCGUAUUGUAUUAUUACUGUGAAUUUUAGCUACAUGAAUUUAACACAACAAUGUGCAAACACAAGUUCGUUUAGUGAUGCACCUUGCGCUUGUGAUUACGUUUGGAUCAAUGAGCCACAAUAUGAAGAGUUAAGUGGAAAAGCGUUUUGUGGUGUGGAUUCAACGUUUAAACAAUUCGUUGGAUUUCGAAGUCAAACGAAAAUUAUAACAAUUACAUUUUUUUAUAGUACUUUUCAUUCGCAUGCAUUUAGUUUAGAAUUUACUUCAGAAAGAAAUCGUCAAUUUUUGAAAGGAUCCCUUUCAAAUAUAUUGAGUUUAAACCAAAGUGUGAGUGGUUAUAUUGCAUCUCCAUACUUCCCUGCACUCUAUGCACGAGAUCUAACCGCAGAGUAUGUAAUUAGCUGUGAAGUGAACUUGUCUAGUAAUUGCCGAAUUCGUUUAAUUUUUACUGAUUUUCAACUUGGAUCUUUAUCUUUUAUGGAGUUUUACAAUUGGAAUGGUGAUCGAUUGGAUAUAACAACCGGUUCUAAUUUUCGACCACCAGUAAUACUUUCGUCGGGACCGAGUUUACUAAUUAUUUUUCAUGCCAAUAGUGGAAUGGGUAUAGGAUUUAAGGCAGCUUACACUUUCAUAUCCUCAAAAACUUAUAAUGAUAUAUCUGUAAUUCCUAACACAAAUUGUGGUGGUUUUGUGGAAAAUUUGGGUGGUGCUAUUACCAUGAUGAAUAUGAUUGAAGAAGGAAUUCAAGCUUUUGAUUGUGUGUGGCUAAUAAGACCACCAAAGAAUUAUAUGAUUAAAUCACAUUUAUAUUUGAAAGUAAUUACUUUUCAACUAGAAUCAGUAUUAACAAUACGAGAAGGUUUGACGUCAGACAAACCUCUUUUAGAAACAAUCACUUAUCCAUCAAUUGAAAAUUUUCAAUCAAAAAGUCAACAUGAACAUGUGGUCUUACUAAACAUUGGAUUUUAUGUUCAUUUAAGGGGUGUAUUUUCAUCAAAAACUCGUAUCGCAAUUGCAUAUACAGCUUUUGGCUACAAAGAUUGUUUCAGUGGAUCUGAUUUCUUUUGUCACAAUCAUCGUUGUAUUCCUGCUCAAUUGAGCUGUGAUAGUUUUGAUCAUUGUGGUGAUAAUAGUGAUGAACCUGUCACAUGCUAUCGAGAUUGGGAGGUUGAAACAUUUGAUCGCAGAUGGUACGCUCAUACACCUAAUUAUUAUUUUCCUAAAAUUGAACGGUAUCCUGACAUAAAAACAGCCACGUUAGUAUUUAUAGUGAGUAGUUUAGGAUUAAUUGCAUUAAUUUCAUCAUUAAUUUUACUUUUAUAUCGAUUGGGUAAUCGAGCGCGCCAACAAAGGGAAUUACAAAAUCAACUACAAACAAUUAGUGAUUUAUUAGAUAGUAAUCGAGAAGAGAAUGUCACACUCGAUGAGCCACCAAUAUAUGAAGCACCGCCUGAGUACGAUGAAAUAAUCAAAGUUGGAGUGACUGAAGCAGCCCAUAAAAAGCAAACAAAAAAGAGAUCUUCACGAUCAUCAAGCAAAUCACAAGAUACACGAAGUCGUUCAUUAUCUAAUCGUCGAAAAUCACGGAGUAAAAGGUCACCCAGCCGUAAUGUUGCAACCUUACAUCAUCAUGUACUAGAUUCGCCUGGACCAUCAGGCUGUAUUCCAUUCAUUCAAACACAUAUAUCGAAUGGACCGAGUACAAGUACGGAAUUAAUUAAAACGUUGGUACCAGAUUCACCACCGCCAACUUACCAGAAAAGUAUCGAGCAAUUUUCAAACAAUUUCAAUCAAGCAAAUUUCAAUACACAAGAAAUUGCAUCGAUUACGACAUUAAGUGGAGAUGUAAGGGAUGCAAAUCAAAUGAAAAAUCAAGAUUCACACGGAAGAACUUUUACAUUAAUUCGAAGAUGUCGUUCGCAGGAUGAUUUAAUCAAAAUACAGAGCUCGAACAAGUUUAUGAGAGACACAAAUAACACCGAACUAGAUCCGAAUACACUUCAUACACAAAAUUCUGAAAUGCAAACAACACAUGAGAGUGUUUCAGACAGUAAUUUAUCAAAUCUAAACAUUAUGUACGAACGUGAAAAAUUAUGUGGUCGUACUUUUAAGGAUUACAAAGCAAUGAAAAGUUAUUUUGAAAAUUUGUUUGCACGAGCUAAACAUCCUCGCAAUCAAUAUAAACAAGUGACAUGCGAAUGUGAAGGAGCAUGUUCUUGUCCCGAUGACGAGUUAAUUUCAAAUAUGGAAAAUUAUGUAUCAUUGGAUAAUGAUGGACCAAUUAGAAACUGUCGAUCUAAUAAUGGUUCAGUUGAUGAUCGAAUUUUAACCAAAUCAUAUUUAUAUUUAUCAAAUUUUAAGUUAUGGAAAUCCAUGGAUAAUAAUUUAUAA